AUGAAACGUUUGAACAUUGACAUUCUCGGCAUAAGCGAAACUUGGUUACCAGGCGUAAAUGAUUUCUUCGUCGACGAAGGAUACAAAAUAUAUUGCUCGGGAAACAACACACCAAAUCACAGAAACGGUGUUGCAGUUAUAAUAACGAAGAAAAUUGCAAGCAGUGUUGAACAAUGCAUACCACUUUCAGACAGGGCGCUACUACUAAAAAUAAAAGCUAAAUCUAUUUCUCUGAAUAUUAUUCAAGUAUACGCACCAACAGCAGAUAAAAGUGAUGAAAUAAUUGAAAAUUUCUACAGUGAGCUUUCCGAAUUGACAAAAUUUACUAGGCCUCAUGAAAUGAAUAUUAUCAUGGGAGAUUUCAAUGCAAAAAUCGGGUUGGGAAGAGUGGACAACAUAGUUGGCCCGUUUGCAUUAGGAAAUAGGAAUGAUAGAGGUGAUCGUCUAAUCCAAUUUUGUCAAGAGGAGAGUCUUACAGUAACUAACACCUGGUUUUCUUUACCACGUAGAAGACUCUACACCUGGAAGUCUCCCCAAGACACAGAUGGAAAUAUAGUACGCAACCAGAUUGAUUUCAUACUCAUUAACAGAAGAUUCCAUACAUCAGUUUCCAAAGUUCGCACGUGUCCAGGAGCUGAUGUAUCAUCAAAUCACAACCUCCUUCUGUCCAAAAUUAAAAUCAAAUUAUCUAAAUCGCAAAGCCAACACAGACCAAAGCGACUGAACCUAGAUAAACUUGAAGAUAGUGAGUUCAAAUCAAGACUAACUGUGGAGAUAAAUACCAACCUCAGAUCUCUCGAUAGAAAUGAUAAUCUUGAAUUAGAAUGGAAUCAAAUGAAAAAUACUUUAAACACUGUUGCUGAAAGAAAUUUGGGCCCGAAAAAUUUUACUCCAAAAAAAAAGUGGAUGACCGAAGAAAUAAUAAAUUUGAUGGCACAGAGAAGGAAACAUCGAAACAAAAGCGAUCAGGAAUACAAACGAAUACAACGUCUCAUAAGAUCGAAAAUAAGACAAGAAGUGCGAGGAAAUAGAAAAACUAGACCGCGCUCACGAUAUGUUUACCCUGCAUAA